CACACUUGUAAAUUACUCCCACAGUGCGAUCUAAACAGCGGUGCUCAACAGACGCAGAGUGGACUAUUACUUUUUCUCACUGUUCAGCUGGAAAUACAGUCACUUAUUUGGAACCAAACAUGCCUGUCUCCAGAUUGCGCAUGAGGCCAUGGCUGGAGCGUCAGAUCGACGCAAACCGCAUCGAUGGCUUGGUGUGGAUUGAUAAGGACAAGAAGUUGUUUUCCAUUCCCUGGAAGCAUGCAGCCCGCCACGGGUGGCAGGUGGAUAAGGAUGCCUCCCUCUUCAAAGAAUGGGCCAUUCACACGGGUAAAUACAAAGAAGGUGCAGAUGCGGACGCCAAGACCUGGAAGGCCAACUUCCGCUGUGCCAUGAACUCUCUGCCUGACAUCAAGGAGGUGAAGGACAAAAGUAUCAACAAAGGAAGUAGUGCCGUGCGAGUCUACCAGAUGCUGCCGGAAGUAGCCAAGAGGAAGGGUGGUCCGAGGUCAAGAUCUGGAGAGGGGAGGAGAAGGAGCAAGGACUCAGCUAAGAUCAAGAAAGAGGAAAGAGAUGUGUGUGCUGGACAUCAGACUAGAGAAGACUCACCGGCCUCCUACACAAGCUGCGAGGACGACUCGCGGACACAGGAGGACACAGUAGACAGCACAGACGACAUAGAUCUGCCAUGCCGUGCAUUGAUGGAAGACGUACCCGAAUUUUCAACAUCGGUGGAGAUCGGGCCUGACAGCACCAACACCUGGACGUCUGCCUUCCAAGUUUCCCCAGAUCACACGCCAGGAUACGACGAUCACGAGCUUACCAUGCUUACUCGGCACCUGGAGCGUGACCAGUCUCAGUGGUACGAUAAUGGAACGGGAUUCCUGAGCAAUGAAGUAGGCACAUCAACAUCGUCAGAGUCUUAUCACAGUCCCCAGAGUCAGUGGAGCGAUUCGUCAGAGGAAAUUGAGCUCCAGCUCGUCACAGAACUGAUGUCCGAGUGGACGCAACAGGAGCAGACGCAACAGGAGCAGAUGCCGUGGUCCAGCAGCAGCAGCGUGAUGUUCAACACACUGUCCAUCUGUUAGCUCCCAAACUUUGGACUCAACAGCCAUCAAGCAACCGUCACCACCUGUACAGAGAGCAGCAGACAGUGCUACGACACGACACCUCCCAUCAACACCCACCGCCCCUACACCUGUCGAGCAGGUGUGGGUACAACACUCCCCAGAAUCGAGCCUUGCGGACUUUUAAAUGGGACUAAGAAAGACUGAGAAAAGGACUAAGAUUUCCCUCCCCCUCAUACACUCCUCGUUGAAAAGGAACGAAGCCAUCAAGGAUGUCGUCAUAUUCAUCUACUACCUGUGAUUUUGAAAAUACAAACAACACUUGGGUGAAAAGCUUUCCUUAACCGGUUCUAUGGAAUUAUACUACUGACUAUAUUAUGUUAUUGGAUUUCAUCAACAAUCUACCGAGCUGUGAAGUUGUCCUUUCAAUAUCCGUUACUGUUGUCAUUUGCUUUACUUCAGUUAAAGUGUGUUUGUUUUGUUAAGUUUUGGGGUGUGAGGUGUCAUGCGACUUGUAAAUAUGUAAAUGUUCUAUUUUUUACAAAAUAAAAAAUGAAAUACCCAAUACCUUAA